AUGUCCGCUCGGCUUGCGCAAACCUUAAGACUGCGUCGUUUUCAAGAUCAGUUUUCACUCUCUGCCAUCUGCGGUCUUAAAGCGGGUAACUGCAAGUUUGCAACUCAAAUUACGAUCUCGCCGCAAAAUAAAUCUGAGCUGAGUCUCACAAUCACUGCGUCGAUUUUGCCUUCACUCGCUGAUUACAAUUCGGGGCUCGAUCGAGCCAGAUGCAACUGGAAUCAUCUCGCGGAUUUCGCUCUAGCAGAUCCUCACUUCAAAGGUUCUGAUCCCAUUGAGCUCCUCAUCGGCGCCGAUAUCUAUGGCGAGAUAUUCCUUGGCGAAAUGCGAAAGGGACCUCGCGGGCAGCCCUAUGCAUUAAAUACCAUUUUUGGAUGGGCAGUAUCCGGCCCUACGAGUGUGUCAAUUCAAUCCCGCCGAACAAUCACUGUUCAACAUUGUUUGGCCUCAACGUCGCUUGCGCUCGAUCGCGAACUGAGAAGAUUUUGGGAGAUCGAGGAAGUUCCGCGACAGACUGUACUCGGCCCGGAGAAACAACGAUGUAAGGAUUUCUUCAUGACCACUCAUUCGCGUUGUUCCGACGGCCGAUACAUUGUGCGCCUUCCAUUUAAACGUGAUCCUCCCAUUAAUAUCGGUCGUUCUCGCGAUACCGCUGAGCGAUGUCUAAAAAGCUUACUUCGACGCUUUGAAAUUAACGCCGAGCUAAAACAACAAUAUUUCAAUUUCAUGCGGGAAUACGAAGCUCUGGGACACAUGCGAAAAGCCUCACCUCUCUCAGAAUUCUUUCAGUGCGUGUAUAUUCCUCACCAUCCCGUCUUUCGCGACGGUAGUGCGACCACACACUUGCGCGUGGUAUUCAAUGCGUCGAGUCUAACGUCAAGCGGGAAAUCGCUUAAUGAUAAUUUGCUUCCAGGACCGAAACUACAAACGGACUUGGCGGCAGUCGUGAUGCGAUGGCGACAGUUUCGCUACGUAUACUCGGCCGAUGUCGAGAAAAUGUAUAGGCAGAUCGUCGUUGAUCCGCGUGACACAGAUUAUCAACGCAUAUUAUGGGUGGAUACCGAGACGGAGCGCAUGCAAGAUUAUAAGCUCUUGACCGUGACGUACGGUAUGGCGUCGGCGCCGUUUUUGGCGUUACGAGUGCUGCGCCAACUGGUCCGCGAUGAAGAGCAUUCCUAUCCGUUAGCCGUGUCCGUCCUGACGGAUAACAUUUAUGUUGACGACGUCUUGUUCGGCGCCGAAGAUAUCCCUCUGCUUCGGCAGGCGCGCGAUCAAGUAUGCUCACUGCUGCGCUGCGGCCAAUUCAAUUUGCGCAAGUGGUCCAGUAACUCGUCGGCUCUUCUGAGCGACAUUGAUGACAGCGAUCACGGUUUAGCCUGCAGCAAGGACCUUCAACCAGGCGAAAAGGUUAAAGUCCUCGGGAUAUGCUGGCACCCCGCUCAGGACGUGUUUCAGUUCCGCAUUUCCUGCCCUCCCUCUGUCUCGAUAACGAAGAGAUCGAUUCUCUCGAAUAUCGCGCGAAUAUUCGACCCGUUGGGGUGGAGUGCUCCGGUCACAAUAACGGUAAAAAUCUUUCUUCAGCGACUGUGGCAAUCACAGCUCGACUGGGAUGACCAAUUUCCCACCGAUCUCGCUGAUGAGUGGGAAGUUAUUCGGGCGUCGCUCCUGUCCCUUGAUGGCCUUCAGCUCGAUCGAUGGGUUCGACGCGGAUCGGAUACGACGGCCUGCGAGCUGCACGGGUUCGCGGACGCGUCCUCUCAGGCGUAUGGUUUAUCUGAGGCUUCUUUCGAUCUCCGGAGAGGUCUCCUCGAUGCUCCUCGUCGGAAAGUCUAG